AGAGGACAAAGAGGCCCAAAAAUUAAGUGAGAGAGAGAGUAUGUUUCGAAGAGAGAGAGUUUUGAAAAGGGGGGAGAGAGCGAGAGCGCCAUUGUUUCCUCAUUCUUAUUCCUGACCAAACUGCAGAUUACCGCCAGGUUCUUAUCCCAUCACCAGGACAGGAGGAGAGGGAACGAGAGAGGAGAGAGAAAGAGAGAGGAGAGAGAAAAUUUAGAAUUUAUAAAGAGAGACAGAGAGGAGAGAGAGUUUGGAGUCGUUCAUGACCGACUGAGCGUGUCCAGGUUAUUCCCCCCUGCUCUUUCAUUUUAAAUCUCGAGGUCUCUGAAUCCUCAUCGAGCCGUCUUCUUCUUCCUGACCCCUCGUGUUUCAGGUCUGAUCGGUUAUGGCGUCAUCUGCACAACUUCGAUUGAUGUCUGAUUUGAAGGCCAUUACCAGUGAACCACCUGAGGGCUGUAGUGCGAGCCCCCAUUCUGAAGAGAAUUUGUUUGUUUGGAGCGCAACCAUAUUUGGACCUGAUGAGACUCCAUGGGAGGGUGGAAUUUUUGGAUUGCGGAUUAUCUUUGGGGAUAACUAUCCUGAAAAGCCACCCCGUGUGCGGUUUACAACUGAAGUGUUUCAUCCUAAUGUCUAUAAUGAUGGCACCCUAUGCAUGGAUAUCAUUCAGGAUGCAUGGUCCCCCUGUCAUAACAUUUGUACAAUAUUAACAUCAAUUCAGUCACUUCUCACCGAUCCAAACCCGGCAAGUCCUGCAAAUCCUGAAGCUGCACAACUGUACCAGCAUGAUAUUCAGUCUUAUAACAGGAAAAUUCGGCGUUGUGCUCGUCGAUCCAUUGAGUCUUCAUAGCUAAUGACAAUUUCAUGCUUGGUGGUGAUUCCUCCCAGCCUGAUCUGAAAGGAGAUGCACACAUUUAUUUCAGCCGUAUUUGUUUUCUUCUUUUGAGUUGUACCGUUGUGUUAUACCAUAUAAACAAGACACUCUUUGGAAACUUGGGAGAUAUUUCUACAUUCUUUUGAUGAUUUUUCGCAUGGAUGCCUGUGAAAUACUGUCAUCAACUUUUGAUGCUUGGACAAAUUUGAACUCAGGUUUUUACCCAAUCCCCUGAUGGGGCUUUGGUUUGA